UUUUGUAAACACUGGAGGCUGAGGCUCCAUGUGGCCGGCCUUACCUUACAACAUUAAUGUCUCUGGUUAAACGUAUUCUUCGCCAGAUACAUACUCUUGGUUUAUUAUAUGUGCAAAUUAAGUGUAUUAUUUUAACGUAUCUUUCAAAGUGAAAGUAUAGAACUGGAGAGUUCAAUAUAAGGGAGGAGAGCGCGUGGAGACGCAGGGACAGGAAGACCAUAAAUGAAGAGCAUGAUAGUGGCUUCUACCUUGUGAAAUAUGAAUAUAUCCAACAUUAUUGAGGACCUGCAAGGGAACCUUCCCAUAGCAGCUUUAGAGAACUUCAACACAAACAUAGAUGAGAGUAAAGAUGCAGCAGGCAGCAUCCAUAGGUUUCUACUUGCAACAAAGAAUUGUGAUGAAAUACUCAAUUUGCUGACAGCUGAGAAGCGCACUCCUGCCGAGCUUGCAACAAUUUUUACAACACUUGGGCAUGUACUAUUGAAUAUUGCUGGAGAACUGAGCGAAUUCAGCAAGAUUGGUUUACACAUCACCCAGCAGAUAUUGCAUAAUUAUGAUGCAUUUGUGUAUAAACUGUUAUCUCCAUCGAACACCAACAGAAAUUCCAAAGCUGUUCUUCGCUGUCUUACAGGAAUGGUGAUGAUAGGAGGAGAAGCUGCAAGUGAGGUACUAUUGACAGUAGACUGGCAAAGAAUCAAUGUUCAUCUUUUGGUGAAUCGUCAGAGUUUGGAAGACAUUCGUGAUGUUCGUGCUUGGUGCAUAUAUUUAUUUCUGGCUUUCCUGAAUGCCUCAGAAGAUCCUCAUAUUAUCAGACAGUUUCUUCAGAAAAAAGAUUUGUUGCCAGCAAUUUUUCCUGGUCUUAUGUGGGAUCCAUGUGAACGAGUCAUCAAUGUCUUGAAGGUUUUGCAUGAAUCAGUACUGCUUAAUCGUGGUAUUAGUAAGACAAUGAAAGUUAAUAUUUUCACACCAAUCACAACCAAGCCUCUUCUAGAAUUAUACGACUGGAUGGGGCCAAUGGGGAAACUGGCUAGAGGCAAGAAUGCACAGGAAAUGGAUACUCAGAUUGGGGAAAACAUUCAAUUAGAAAGAGCUCAGAUCAAGGAAGUGUUACAAAAGUUUAUGCUUACUCUGUAUACUUCAUCCAAAUAUGGAAUUGUUUUCAUUGAAAAUGUCCAGGCUGGUAAAACUAAUACAAAUAAUUCACAUAUAUAUAACACAAUAUAUCUGAAGAAGAGACCUUGGGAAAGUCCAGAGUUAUGUGAGCUGAUUAGCUGUGUCUUAGGUGCCUGCCCUGAUAUUUUAGAGACUUACCUGCUGUCGAUCAAGGAUUUUAUCUUGCCAAGACCCACACAAGCAUACAUUAACCUUGUUGAAAUGUUAACACAAAUAAUUGAACAGCAGAAACCUUGGAAAAAAAUGGACACAAGAGGUUGGGAAGGCAUGUAUAAAUUAAUUUUGCCUCGGCCUCUAAAUCAUAAGUUAUUCCAGUCAUUAACCGAAUCUUGUUACAAAACGGUAAGGCACUCUGGACUGAAAUUAGUACUUGCAAUUCUUUCCAAAACUAAAGAAACUAUAAAUAAUGUCAUUAGCAAUGAGUCACUUUCUUAUGAAGUCAAACAUCGCUCUCAGAAAAAGUUGAUAGAAGUAGUUUUCAAAACUCUGAUGACAAUGGAUAGCAUUAUUCAUUGCUGGAAUAUUGCAGCAGGGCAAGAGCCACCAGAUAUCCAAGCUGAUGAGCAGUCUUCAACUCAGGUUGAAACUGCAGCUCCAGUUCCAGCUAUUACUGAACUCCUCACCAUUGCCAAGGUCUUGACUCUUUACUCUGAGUUAUUACCUAAUCAAACUUUUCAUGAAGUCAUCAAUCCUGUGGAGAUGUUGCAGACUGUACGUGUCUUAUCUUCUGAAGAUGAUAACUGUAUAAGAAAUUCAAAUACCAAAUUAGAAUUACAAGUCUUGUGCUUAGGUUUCUUAGCAGGUAGCACAUACAGUGAAGAAAUUCCAAUAGGCAGCUCCCUGAAUGUAGAUCAAAUUUCACAAAUUGAGAAAAAUGCAAUUUAUCAGUUAAUAAGUACUUAUGCUCAAACAAAGGAGGAAUUUAUUGAUAAUGAAAGAAGAUCAAUAAUGCUUUCUGUUACAGAUAAGUGCCUCAAAAUAUUAUCAAGUUCCCUUGUUAAGGUUGGGCUUUCUUCUCAUUAUGAUGGCAAUAUCAAGGUGUGGCUGAGACAUAUCUCGAGUACCCAUAUAGUAAAGCUAUCUACUUUCUUAACUCAAAUAAUUCAGAAAACUGUCUCAUCCCUCAGUUCCUAUACAGAUCUUCUUGUUGAGUUAGGAGCCAAACGUAAUUUAAAUACAAGUAUUCAUGGUCAGAUGUAUUCUUUCAUGAGAGAACUAGAAACCAUGGAAAUUGCUGAUAAUGAAGACAUCUUCUCACAUUCCAUAUCAUUGCCAUUCUCUCGUUUGACUCUUGCUGCAAUUGAUUUGCUUAAAUUAUGCCCAGACUCUGAAUACAUCCAGUAUUUUUGUAAUGUAAUUAAUGAGUAUCUUCACUUUCUGAGUGACCCAGGCUUCUUAGCAGAUAUACUUCUGCAAAAUGAAAAUAUUUUGACUUCAGAUUUGCAAAAAUAUCUCAAGUGUUUAUUUAUAGAAUCAAAACCACAAAAAUAUCUCAUGUCUUUAUCUAAAGAAUCAAAACCACAAGAAGAUGAAAAUUCUUUAUCUAUCAAAUCUGUUGAGAGUGUAAAUCUCUCUGAGAUUCUUAAGUGUGUAUUCAUGACUCGCGAUUGGUCAUCAGUGGACUCAUUGUUGGAAGAAAACACACUAAAAGAUUUAAUGACAAACACAGAUCUUGAUUUGAUUGUCUCACAGCUUCUUCUUUAUUUGCAUCUAGACUCUAGUUUAGGAAAAAAUGAAACUAAGCUUGUGAAAAGGUAUGUGUGUAUAUUGAAACAUUUGUGCACUAUUCUUGAUGAAAAUGACACUGAACAUGUUAUCCAAAUUGUAUUAGAGCACCCUAGUAUUUUAGCAAACUACAGACCAUUUGCUCUCAAGAAAUCUCCGAUCUCUGAAUUGACUCAGGAAUUUAUUGCAUUAGUAUUAGAAAAAUAUUUUAAACUUGCCCCCAAAACAUGUCCAUAUUUUGAAAAGAUAGUAAAAGAUAUACAAAUUCAAGCCACUAAUAUGAAUGCCAGUGUUGACUUUUGGAAGCCCCUGGAACCAUUUAUAUCAUCACAACAUUCACUUGUGAGCUACGAAGCAGUUGAACAAUUGCUCCUGAUUUGUCUUAAAGCUCCAUGCCAAACAUUACCUUCUCUAGAUACUUUAGUUCUUGAACUGGUAAGGCUACUUUUGAAAGCAUCAAGUGCCAAAAGGAAACCUACAACCCAGUCAAUUCAGUUAAUACUUGGAAAAUUUUUGGAAUAUUAUAAGACUUCAAAAUUUGAUGUUACAUUGGAAACAAUUAUGAAAGAACUUGAAAAGUUCCUCAUCAACACCACGAGUGCAGAAGUUGCCGCUCAACUUACUUCAGAUGACAUAAAGUGCCUUGCUUGUGCACAGCCUCCUUGUGCUGAGUUGUGUUGUCAGCUGGUGAGACUACACCCUCCACAUGGUACUGUGUUCAUCAAGCGCCUUAAGAAGCAUGGAACAUUGUUGCCAGCCCAGGCUUCCCUCUUGGCAAUGCUUCUGGAGGAAGAUGACAUUCUUUCUACAUCAGAGGCAGCUCUUGCUAAGGUGUCUGAUGAGAUAAAGAUGUGGGCUCUUGCUAUGGAUGACGAUGAGGAUGCAACCAGCAAGAUUUUUGCUUUUGCUCUUGAAAAAAGCAUGAUUGAUAAAAGCUGUAUGUCUGAGAUCUGCUGCCAGUUGUAUGAAAAAAUAGUCACCUUAAAGCAACCUCCACCAAAGAAGUUGUUAUCUUUAAUACCAGUUUUUUAUAAGUUGUCUGAAAAUGGGCCAGUUCUGCCAAAAUUUGAUCUGCCAGAAGAACAUCUAGCAUUGCUUCAUAUCUGUCUAAGCUGCAUUCAAAACACAUACUACAAGGAGGAACAGAAUACCAGCCUGUUGCUGAGUGUAUCUAAAAUUAUAGUUGAAAUUCUUCCCAAAGUGGAUAAACAGUCAUGUCAUAGUAUUCUGACAACAAACAAGCAAUGGUCAUCAUUUGUAAGAAAGGUACUACGUAAUGGUUUAAAUGACCAGAGUUUAGGGCCUGACCUGCUACACAUUUUGAGCCUCUUGUGUGAAAUUAUAUAUAAGAAAGACAUUCAAAGAAGUGUAAAUGAAGACGAGAAUACUUUGCCAAUAAUUACUCUUUAUGAAAUGGUCAUGGCACACUCACAGUAUCCCACUCUUAUGUUUAAUAAAGCGAGGGAAUGGGGAAGACUCAAAGAACAAGUGAUUGCCCUGCAGCAAACCUUGGUUGACUGUGAGGAGAAAGUAUGCAGAGAGCACCAUGUUCCCAUCUUAUUAGGAGCAUAUGGAGCCUCUAUGUCAGCAGUGGAUCAACGCAUCUUGAAACUCUUACAUGCUUAUGAAAGAAAAGGCUACAUGGGCAACUAUGAACCAGUACUCUGGGGUGAUGCAGCUAUUGCUCACUUUGGUGUCCUGUCCUCAGGUUUUAACCUCUUCAAGGAGCCCUCAGUCGAACAAAUAUUGGGCCUAUUAGAAAUUGACAGAAUAAUGCAAACUUGCUAUAAGUUUGAUACCAGACUUCCUUUGGAGCCAAUGGAUAUACAGAAAGAAGACCCAUCCAUCUAUGACAUGCGGUUCCUCAUGCCACUGAUGUUAUACUUAGCUGAAAAAAACAUUACUGAGAUUGACUAUGCUGAGUGUGGCGCAGUAGCUAUUGGCUUUAUAGCACUAACUUCACACCAACGAGAUGUCUGGGGUGCUGGGGCUGCAGUACUUAGAUGUAUGGUAGAGAAAAUGGAAAAAUCCAGUCACCGCAGACUAAAAUUGCCGUGGUUAUGGUUGGUGGGCGUGGUCAGCUGUGCCUUUGAAGGGAAACAACGCCGUCUUCCUGCUUUAACAACUCAUUUCCUCAUCCGUGCAUCUCAACUCCUCUCACAACCUGGACACCCCAUGUACAAGCCAGUCCUCAACUACCUCUUCCUUAAACCUGCUUUCAAAGUUUAUUAUGUUCCAGAAUUAUUUCAACUUUAUUCUUCAACGCAUAUAACAGACAAUCGGGAGCAUAGAUCUUUCCUCUUAACAACACUUUCAACUGGCAUUCGACAGAUUCUUGAUUACAACAUUUGUCAAAGAACAUUUACUAGCACGUUGGUGAUAGGUAUGCUCCAAGCCCCUUCAGUUGACAAUGAGCUACGGGUACAGGCUCUUGAUGUAUUAGAAGCUAUGGUUCGCAUUCCUCGUGGUGCGGUAGAACUGACAGUAAACCAGAAUUUGCUGACUGUGUUACCAUUAGUUGUGUUACCUGUGAAUACUGCUGUACCCAAACCUAAUGCUUCCUCAAGAGCAGCCACAUCUGUUAAUCCCUUACUUCUAGCAGCAGUCGUGAGAGUUUUAUCAGCAUUGUGGUCCACACUUAUGGACAGCAUCGAAAGAAAAGAUUAUAUCACAAAACACAUUGAAGAGGAUGAGUGUGUUACAGUGGAAAUAGAAAAUGAAGCUGUAAGGAAAAGAAAAAUGAAUGAAACUGAUCAAGAAAAUGUGAAAAAAUUUAAGAAAGAUCUUAACAAUUCUGAUCCUUAUUCUCCUGAGUUCAAUUUAGAAAUUCAAGAAGCAAAUCUAAAUAGUGAGAGCAUAUCAAAAGAACCUUUUGAACGACAGAGAAAAAGACUCCCCCCUUUAUUUGUUCAUGAGUUUAUAAAUUGUUUGACCCUCCUUGCACCCACUGUUAUAGCAUGUGCUUCUCCACUUGGAACAGCAAAACAUCUUGAACUUAUUGCAAAGUCUCUACAGUAUGUAGGUACAGUUGUUGAAGUUUCAAAUAAAACACGAAAACUGUGUGCAGUUGCCAUGGCCCCUGAAAUAAUUAAACAACAGGUUUAUGAUCAUAUAAGCUGGGACCUUUUAUAUGAUCGUCUCCGGGAACGUUUGAGUGAAGAUGAUGAGGUGAGACUGCUGGGUAAUAAAGUGAAAGAAAUGUGGCACAAGUGGCGAAGUGAACCCCUUAAUAAACAUCUCCAAAAAGAAGAAAAAGCAACUUCAGCUGAUGAAGACAGAGAAGAGGAACAUCAUUUCCUAAAGAAAUCAGUAUUGACUCUGUUAAGCACAUUGGGAAAAUAAUUUUAAAUAACUUUCACAUGCACACAAUGUAAUAUUAAACUUCAGAUAUAAGAAUUCAUUAAGGAGUCAAAGGUAUAAUUAUUUUGAUCAUCGGUUUUAAUUUUAUAACUAGCAGUAACCUAUUUGAGUUAAAUAUUGAAACUAUUAACUUGGGCAAUGUUCACAUGUAAUGCAAAUUUUUAUAAUGCAGUUAUACGAGUCAUAACUGCUAAAACUGUUUUAUUUAUAUAUAUAUGUAUAUAUAUAUCAAUUCUGCAUAUUCAAAAAUAGCUUUAAAUGCAUAAAUAUUGAUUUCAAACAUUUUCAACCCAAAACAUAGUUUUGUAAUAAAGUUCUUUUGCUUGGAAUGAAUCCUAUUCCUAAUCUCACUUGCAUGAAUUUUAUAUAGUUUCAGGAAACAUUCCCACAGAUAAUCAUGAGUCAACUGUAUCAUAUACAAAAAUUAAUAACUUGAAGUACUGCAGGAGGUAUGAAAUGAAAAAUGCAUUUGUGAUAUUUUUGGUAAUUGUAUAAAUACUACUACAGUGUCUAGUAUAUGGUCAUAGUGACAUAUACAAUUAUUUAUCAAAUAAAGAACUAUGUAACUUAAGUAAAUAUGGACGAUUACAAUAUUAUUUAGCUUUCCAAAGCUGUAUGUUGUAAUAAUAAAUUUGAGCCCAUGGUAUUUAUUCAUCUACUUGAGUAUUUGAUGCAUUGUUUUGAAGUACAUUACUGCACAGACCUGCAUAAUCAUCAAAUGGUACUUCACAAUAUGUAUUUUAGCACGCACAGUGAAAGUGCACCAUGGAGAGUUAAGAAUUUUUUUUGUUUUAAAUGGGAACCAUUUCAGUACAAAGAAUAUUUGUUUAUAAAAUAGUAAAUAUAUUAUGCCUUAGUUACAGUUCACUAAAAUAAAAUGUGGCAAUCUAGACAGCUUUAAACCAAAUGGGAAGAGAAUGACCAGUUUUGUUUAAGUUUCAUGAAUGGUGUUAUCACUUACAUUCAAAGUUUUAAUAAAAUUCAAGUAAAACCAACUGCAGGAUCUCCUUGAAGGUACAGUAUAGUCAGUAGACAAUUAAAUCACAAAACAUGAUCUGAGAAAAUAUUGAAGCCAUACGAUAGGGAGCCGGUCGGCCGAGCGGACAGCACACUGGACUUAAUGAUCCUGUGGUCCUGGGUUCGAUCCCAGGUGCCGGCGAGAAACAUUGGGCAGAGUUUCACC